AUGAGGUCACCGACGCUUCGACGUCUCAUGAAGGAGUUUGAGUCAAUACGCAAAGAUAUCGGAAGGGCAAGAAGGCGCGGCAGUGGAGGCUCUUCACCAUUGAUCGAGGUAGCAACUGGCAAUCCGGAUCUGUUGGAGCUUAGGCCGUGGGACGCUGAUGGGGAGGAUCUCUUCGAGUGGUAUGCGGUCAUCAAGGGACCCAAGGGCGGCAACUACGAGGGCGGCAUCUUCGAGCUCACAAUCCUCAUCCCUCCAACCUACCCUUCGAAGCCGCCCACGAUGCGCUUCAAAACAAAGAUAUGGCAUCCGAACAUUUCCUGGAAGACGGGCGAGAUCUGUUUAGACGUACUCGCCUCGCAAUGGUCUCCCGCAUGGCAGCUCUCCUCUGCUUGCACGGCCGUGAUAGCGCUGCUGGACUCGCCGGAGCCUGAUAGCCCACUGAAUGUGGAUGCAGCGACCGUCUAUCGAACGGGGGAUCAGGUGGCAUAUGGAAGCAUGUGUAGCAUGUAUACCAGGCUGUACGCUGCGGAUGUGCCGGCGACGAUCGCGGAGGGGUUGUAG